AACCCAUAACACAAACGGAUCCGCCUCCCCCACCACCGUCGUAUUUAACCCCACCCCACCCUCCUCCGCUUCGCUCGCCUCCGGCCUCCCAACGCCGAAUCGAACCCACACACAGCCAUCGCCACGCCCUCUGCCUCCCCUCGCGGCAGUCCCAACAGGAGCUUCACCCUCGCCCCUUUUGGGCCGUUGAAAGUCAUCACGGCUAGCGUUGCAGCCCUCCGGCGCGGCCACGCUGCUGCGCAGGUGGAGCCAACGGCCACCAUCGCUUCCUCCAGCCCUGCACCGCACGGCGGCCGCGGGGCCCUCCCGUCCGCCGGCGGCAGCCCAUCUGACCUCCUCUUCCUCGCGGGCGGCGGUCGCCUCUGAGCCUCUCGCCCACCCACUAACCAAAUCCCACCCUAACCAUCAUCCGCUGACUGACUGACUUACUGACUCACUCCCCGAGGGAGAAACAGAGGAGUACAACCAACGGAGCGGGAUACUUUUCUUUGUAAGAUGUUGGACAUGAAGCUGACGAUUAAGAGGGUACCCACGGUCGUAUCCAACUACCAGGAAGACGCUGGAGAGCAGCCACGCGGAGGGUGUGGGAGGAACUGCCUCGGACAUUGCUGCUUGCCUGUUUCCGAGCUUCCUGUCUAUGCUUUCAAGGCAAAUUCAACAAAGCUGCCUUUACAGAAGGAUGCUGUUCCUACUGAUUUCUUCAUCAAUCUCCUCCUUGGUCAGUGGGAGGACAGGAUGACCCAAGGCUUAUUUCGAUAUGAUGUCACUGCAUGUGAGACCAAGGUGAUCCCUGGCAACCUUGGUUUUGUUGCUCAACUAAAUGAAGGGCGCCACCUCAAGAAACGUCCUACAGAGUUCCGUGUGGAUAAUGUGCUUCAACCAUUUGACUCUUCCAAGUUCAAUUUCACCAAAGUUGGCCAGGAGGAGGUGCUCUUCAAAUUUGAGAACAGUGGUACCGAUGACAGCUACUUCUUGAGGAGUGCCGCAAUCACUGUUGUUGAUCGUGCUCCUAAUGUUGUGGCAAUCAAUGUGAGCCCAAUUGAAUAUGGCCAUGUUCUUCUUAUUCCCCGUGUCCUGGACCAUUUGUCUCAGAUGAUUGACCAGGAGAGCUUCUUGCUAGCACUGCACAUGGCGGCUGAGGCAGCUAGCCCAUACUUUAGGCUUGGUUACAAUAGUUUGGGGGCCUUCGCAACUAUCAACCACCUCCACUUUCAGGCAUACUACUUGACAGUGCCUUUUCCUGUCGAGAAGGCAGCUACCCAGAGGAUUUCCCUUCCAGAGGGCGGGAUGAAGAGUGGGGUGAAGGUGUCAAAGCUAAUGAACUACCCCGUGAGAGGACUGGUUUUUGAGGAAGGCAACACCCUGAAUGAUCUGGCGAAUGUAGUUUCGAGUGCUUGCAUUUGGCUUCAGGACAACAAUGUGCCUUACAAUGUGCUCAUUUCUGACUCUGGCAGGAAGAUCUUCCUUUUUCCCCAGUGCUAUGCUGAGAAGCAGGCUCUGGGCGAAGUGAGUCAGGAACUGCUGGACACGCAAGUGAACCCUGCUGUUUGGGAGAUCAGUGGCCACAUUGUACUGAAACGGAGGGAUGAUUACGAGGAGGCAUCAGAAGCUUCGGCAUGGAGACUCCUUGCCGAGGUCUCCCUGUCGGAGGCACGCUUUGAGGAAGUGAAGGCCUACAUCUUUGAUGCUACUGGUUUGGUUCAGUUACAGGUGGAGGAAACCAAUGGCAUCAUUUAUGCACCUGUGCCGGUUAGCCCUUCAGCUGUUGCGGAGGGCUGUCUCGUACUUCCGUGAGGCGAUGCUUCAAAAGGUUAUGUCAUAGUAAGCGCGGUGGGUCUUCCACCUCGUCAUCUCAGUCAGUCAUUGGUAGCCUAGCUUCGCAAUAGUUGUGGUUGCUGGACUUAAUAAAGAUCCAUGUGAUCGAACUGCCUGGUGUUCUCGCUCUUGUUUAUUGUGUUGUCUAUUUCUCUGGUGUGGAUUGCAGUACUCUGCAAAUAUUUCGCAGAGCAUCAUGUACUCUUUCUGAACAUUGUUAGUACACAACUGUUUCAUGA